UCUACACGUCGCAAUUGGCCGAGGCUGCCUGUUCUCUUUUGUUGUUGUGACUUUAGAUGGAUACUUGCACCGUGUACCCAUGUGUGUCAGUCAGUGUGUGUGCAUGAUGAACGGUCUUUCACAGGUUACCCAUACUGCACUGGGAAUAUCAAGAAAAGGAUCAUAAUCACACUUUUUGGGAGUUUUUUUUUUUUAGGUUGAUGUGGUGAAAUUUGGACCUUAGAGCAGCUGCAUGAUGACAGAAGUUGCUUGUGCACCUUUAAUUAUGGACUCUGACAUGAUGUCACAACCGGAGUCAGAUCAGAUGCCUCCAGCUGAACCCAAGUCCGGACCUCUGGACCUGAUUGACACAGGAAAGGGUCUGAAGGUCCAAACAGCCAAACCUCAUCUGGUCAGUCUGGGCAGCGGGAGGCUGAGUGUGGCAAUAACCUUGCUGCCACUGAAAGAAGGGGUGACCCGCAUAGGACGGGAAGAUGCCCCCAUUCCUCAAGAUAUCACCAUCCAGGGGUCUGGAAUCGAGGCAGAACACUGCCUUAUCUUCAAUGAAGGAGGGGUAGUGACUCUGGACCCCUGUGGUCACCUCUGUAGUCUGGAUGGAGUGCAGGUCACUGUGCCCACACCACUCACACAGGGUUAUUCUUUGUGUCUCGGUAAGUCCUACUUCUUCCGGUUCAACCAUCCUGAGGAGGCGAGCAGAAUGAAGAGCAUGCUUCCACAGAAGAGCCCCGUGUCCGCCCUGGCCUACAACACAGAUUACCUGAAGUUUAGCAGUGAUUAUAGCCAUGCUGUGGUGGGCGGGACCAACAGCACGCGAGGCAUGCGCUCAGCCUCUGAGCUCCGUGAUCUGAUGGACACACUGCAACGCAAGAAAGCUGCUCUGGAAAACAGCCUCAGGGCCAAUGGGAAUGCCAACCCAUCCUACUUCAGCGUGACACAGUCCCCGCCCACCACACCCAUCACUUCACAUUCCUCCUCAUCAUCAGCCUACCAGGAACAGGCGAGACGUUUCUACAGUGGGGAUCGUCCCCCAGUGUCAUUAAAAUCUGCUCCCCCUUCUUCUCCAUCCCGACGUUCUGACUCUUCUUCUCUGGUCCCACGCACAUCCCGAAACCAGGACAACCUAGGCAGUAGUGAUAGCCGCCGUCUCCACAACACAGGCUCUUCUCCAUUGUUGUCAACAUGGAGUAGCAGGGGUUCAUCCACCUCAGUAAGCGGUGGUGAUAGCCUACUCCUCUCUCUUCCUCCUUCCUCUUCCUCAACCCGCUCUCCAUCCGCCGGGGGCGCUGUCAGCAUGCCGUCAAGCCCCCGCCUUGGACGCAGGAGCUACGGCAACCAAGAAGCCUCGACCAGCAGUCGAACGAGGAAAUACUCAUCCGGUUCUCUAAACGGGAUGACGGGAGGCGGGCACAGCCGCUCCCUGCCUCGCCUCUGCUCCUCUCCGUCCCCCCGAGACAACAACAACGGCGUCCUGACUUUAUCGACUCUGCCGCCGCAUCGCUCCGAUGCUUACAAACUUAGCAAAGACCACUACAACAACAACAGCGGCUUUAACACCAGUCUUGACCUCAACCACAACUCCAGCAACUCCAACAUGUUGUCGUCAAAUAGGAAUCAAAUCAACACUACAGCUAAAGGAGAUGGUAUCGUGUCCAUUUCCCUUUCCUCGCUCAAGCUGACUCCUUGCACCGGUAUCUCCUCCUCCGCAGCAUCCCCACCUGACGUUACCAUCCCAUCCAAGGUCGGAGGAUCCUCUUCCCCUCGCAUGGCCAAGAAGCUCAGCCUCACUUCCACAAGCUCUGUGGGCUCCGUCAGGUCCGCAAGCCCCACUGAAAUUGAACUGACUUUGGGGGACAGGGAGAAACAAGGAGCAGGCCUGGAGACUACUAACACACAAGGCUUCGGCCGCAGCGAGAGGAGGGCUUCAUUCGGAAAAGCAGGAGUGACCCCACCAGGAGCGUUUAGGGAGAGACGGGGUAGCAUCAGCUCGCUCAGCGGCAAGGAAGAACUGACGGACUACCACCAUCGUCAAAAAGAGGAGCGUCUCCGUGAGCAGGAGGUGGAGAGACUUGAACGACAGCGUCUCGAGACCAUCCUGUCCUUGUGCUCAGAGCUGGACCAGGAUGGAGGCGGCUCGGUUACAAAUCCGGCCUCGGCGGUGGCUGACCUCCAAAAGAUCAACCAGGAGCUUCAGAAGCUUCAGCUGAAUGACGACGACGAUGACGACGACACACCCUCUGUCUUCUCGGACUCCUCCAUCGUUAAUGGCUCCGCGGGGAACGGACUUAUGGAAAAUGGAUACUACGACAGGGAUCUAUCGGUACGACAGAGGCGCAGCAGUGGUACCCGGGACAACAGGGCAGAAUCGCCUGCUGUCAGUCUACGGAGCUAUGCCCCCUCACCCUCACCACAGAGGUUAAACGAGGAUGCCAGGCCCUCCGAAGAGGAAAUGAGGCGCGUGGAAGAGGAGAGGAUCCAGGUCCUAAACAACAUCGAGGAGCUGGAGCAAAAGAUUAAAGAGCUGGACAACCAGAUGGAGGAAUCUUCCCGAGAGGUGGAGGUCGAGCGAGCUCUGGUGGAGGCGGAGCAGGAGUCGGAGUUAGCUGCCCUCCAGCAGGAAAAAGACUCCCUGGAAGCACUUCACAGCAAAAUAGCCGACAUGGAGACCAAAUCUCAGCAGGAAAAAGAAAAGGCGUGUGAGUUGCUCCAGGCAGAAAAGGGCAGAGUAGAGAGGUUGGCUCAGAUUGUGUGUGAGCAGCGCUCCCAGCUGGACAGCUGCCCCGAGGCCACCAAGGAGCCCCUGCAGGAGCAGCUAGCCAGGGACUUUGAGGCACUCGAGACAGAGACAAAGCGCUUUGAGGACCUGGAGUUCCAGCAGCUGGAGAGAGAGAGUAGACAAGACGAGGAGAAGGAGACGCAGACGCAGCAGCUUCUCCGAGAGAUCGCCGACUACCAGCGGAGCACUGUGACCCGCAAGGAGAGACUGUUGACCCUGAAGAAGCAGGCGGCACAGAUUACCCAGCAGGCUGAGCGAGAGAAAGAAAGCUUCCUGAAGGAGAGGAGCACUCUGGAAGCGAUGCUGCAAAGGGAGAAAGAAAACCUUGCGCCUCUUGACCGAAAAUAUGCUGACCUCACUGGUGGCCAAAGUUACACCUUAAGGGAGGUAGGUUUGAUUGACGCACACUCACACACACAAAAUACAUUUCUCCUGCAUUUUCCUCCAUUUGUGUGUCAGUCUUUUAGCAGCGGUUCCAACAGCAGCACCACUGCUGCCGCUUCUCCCCUCGCAGUCACCUUGUGUGACCUCCCGCCUUCCCUCCUUUCCUCUCUUUUCCUCAAGAAUGCUGAGGGUUAUGUCACAGUCAGUGAACUCAAUGAGCUAUACUCACAGUUUGGGCUGGAACCUAAACCAGUCCCCGACUCAGAACUAAACAACGUGGCAGAGGAUGAGGUGUGUCCAGUUGUAGCGCCUAUUCCCUCCAUUUUUUUUCCUGUUUGUGUUCCUCUUGACCGUGUUCUUCUCCUCCUUUUCUUCCAAAAGUUCUGUCUCGCUUCCUCCCAUGCCUGCGACUGUCUCUCUUCUUCUUCCUCCUCCUCCUCCUCCCAUCUAAAUCCGCGUACCUCCAAAACAAUCUCUGUGCACUGGCCAGAGAUCAUGGUGACAUACCGAGAGCCUUCCCCCCUCCCCGACUCUCCCCCUCCACCACUACCUGCCAAAAAGCACCAUCGGCGACACAGGCAGCAUUUCCGCUUGCUGGAGGAGAGGAAGCGAUCGGACAGGGGCGGCUCAUCCCAUCUCAGUGACACGUUACCCAGAAAGAAAACAACACCCACCAUGACACCCCAGUUCUCAUGUGCAACACUUGGGCGCAAUUUCCCUACUAAGCCACAUCCACCAUUGGUGCAGAGCACAAGCUGUGGCAGCAUUCUCCCCAGAAUUCUCUCCUUAUCCAACAAGGAAACAGAAUGCCGACGUCUGCAAAAAGGUCAGCCGAGCUCCCGAGCGUCUUCCCAGACCAACGUCUACCUCGAUGCCUUCGGAUACCGCGACAAUCAGGCAUUUGAUACGAUGAGCGUGGAUAGCACGGACUCCAUCGAGACCAGCAUUUCUGCCUGCUCUCCUGACAACAUCUCCAGUGCGAGCACUUCUAAUAUGGCCAAGCUAGAGGAGAUGGAGCGUUUGCUGAGAGAAGCUCAAGCAGAAAAGCACCGACUCCUUGAACAUAAGGAGAGGGAGGUGGAAAUGCGCAAGCUGGCACUGGAGGAGGAGAAGAAGAGACGGGAGGAGCUGGAGAAAAUGCUCCAGGAGGAGACCAGCAGGCGUCAGAAACUCAUCGACCGUGAGGUGAAGCUACGAGAGAAACAACGGGUGCAGUCCCGCCCACUUACACGGUACCUCCCCGUACGAAAGGAUGAUUUUGACCUGCGUUCCCACAUCGAGUCAGCGGGACACAGCGCGGACACCUGCUUCCACUUGUCCAUCUCUGAGAAGACCUGCAGGGGCUACCUGGUCAAGAUGGGGGGCAAAAUCAAAACCUGGAAGAAGCGCUGGUUCGUCUUUGACCGCAAUCGACGUACGCUGUCCUACUACUCAGACAAGCAUGAGGCCAAGCUGAAAGGAGUGAUCUACUUCCAAGCCAUAGAAGAAGUGUACUAUGACCACCUGAAGAAUGCACAUAAGAGCCCCAACCCUUCCCUCACCUUCAGCGUCAAGACUCACGACAGGGUCUACUACAUGGUGGCCCCCUCCCCUGAGGCCAUGAGGAUCUGGAUGGAUGUGAUAGUCACAGGCGCUGAAGGAUACACACAGUUCAUGUUGUAGCCAAGGAUAAUUUUAAACUGUUUUAUGUUGUCGUAUUUAGUAGUGGAAUAUCUGCUACAUGGACAACACGCCCUAAUUUACCAGCUAUAAUACAGUACAUUGACAUUGCCCUCCUCCUGAAUUGUUAUUAUUUGGGUGUUUGUCACACUUAAAUGUUUAUUAAGGGAGAAAAAAAUGAAAAGCUACAUGGCCCUGUGUGAAAACCUAAUAGCUGGUUUGGCCACCCUUAGCAGCAUCAACUGCAAUCAAGCGUUUGUGAUAACUUGCAAUGAGUCUCUUAAAGCUCUGUGGAGGAAUUCUGGCCCACUCAUCUUUGCAGAAUUGUUGUCAUUCAGCCACAUUGAAGGGUUUUUCAGCAUGAAGCCUUUAAAGGUCAUGCCAUAGCAUCUCAUUCAGGUCAGGACUUUGGACUCGGCUACACCAAAGCCUUCAUUUUGUUUUUCUUCAGCCAUUCAGAGGUGGACUUGAUGGUGUGUUUUGGUUCAUGGUCCUGCUGAAGAACACAAGUGAGGUCACCAACAGAUGGCCGGACAUUUUGGUAGACAGCAGACAGCAGAAUUCAUGGUUCCACUUAUCACAGCAAGUCUUCCAGGUCCUGAAGGGGCAAAAUAGCCUCAGACCAUCACACUACCACCACCUUAUUUUACUGUUAGUAUUUUACCAAAGGUCUUGUGGAUCAUCAAAUUUUUUUUCUGGCAAAGCUGAGACAAGCCUUAAUGUUCUUUUUGUUCCGCAGUGUCUUUUUUAUGGUGGAGUCAUAAAAACUGACCUUAACUGAGGCAAGUGGGGCCUGCAGUUUUUUUUGGUUGUUGCUGUGGGGUCUUUUGUGACCUCUUGGAUGAGUUGUUGCUGCGGUCUUGGGGUCCUUUUGGUUGGUCGGCUAGUCCUGGGAACCUUCACCCAUGUUCCAUGUUUUGGCCAUUUGUGGAUAGUGGCUCUCACUGUGGUUUGCUGGAGUCCCAAUGCUUUCAAAAUGGAAUUUUAAUCUUUUCCAGGCUGAUAGAUCUCAAUUAAUCUCAGUUAUGGGUUUUUUUCUCCCAUAAUAAUAAGUUUCAUUUGAAAAUAUAACAUAAUAUUGAGAUUUGCUUGAUGAUCUGAAACAUUUAAGUGUGACAAACACUUCAGGAAGAGGGCAAUCACUUUUUACACCACUGUACCCCUAACAUUGGACAUGCUUCAUGUUGCAAGACAGUUGAGGCUUUACCACCGCAAGUGUAGUCGAGCACACACUACCUCAGUUUUGAUGUGGCAGUAAAAUACUGAAAUAUUUACUACUUCAAGCCUUCAAAGCUUUGUGCGAGAACACAAGGAAUACCGCAAGAGUUUCUUUUCUACUGGUAUCCUCAGGUCUUAACAAUGUGUAUGCAUACGUCAUGUAGAUACGUGUAAAUUUAUACACACUUGUAUUCCAAAGUGCCUCUUUUGUAUGCGUAUGUUAUUUACUGGGAGCUUUUAACGCAGCUCCAAGGUGCUUCUAUGUAGUAUUGAACAACACAUGCACAGUAUUCCACACAAGUGUCCACAGAAACGAAGCUCGCUCACACUUUUGCUUGUGAUGUAAGUAAUCCUGUCUGUGCCUUUUUAUACUCUCAUGUACGUGAGACAGUAUUUUUAUAUGCAUAUAUUUUUUUCAUUUAUGUCCAUGUACUCUAUGUAGUAUUGCCUGUGCUGAGAAAACAGUGACUUAUGAACGAUCACUCAUAAAAAAUGAUGGUACAUGUAUAAUAUAAUAUCAAAAGUGGCUUCUAUGCUGCUGAUAAUUAUGCUUUUUUGGUGUCGUUACCACUAAUUUAAUGCUUUUAUUUGUACACUAUAACAGCUUUUAUCUGUACAUUCUCAUCAACCUUUCUCAUGGCGUUUUUGACCAAAGUUUAUGUAUAUACUGCGUGUCUUUAUUGACUGCAAUUGGAUCAAAACAUCAGUACUGACACAUCUCACCGUUCCUUUUAUUUUAUGUAAUUGCAUUAUUGCCAAUAUCAUUGCAUGUAUGAUCAUUUUUAUAUCCCGAUGCAAGUAAUAAACAUACCUAAUUGUUAUUGCCACGAGUUAUGUGUUUUAAAACUCGCAAUUACCUUCCCUUCUGUGCAAUUGCAUCACCGUGUGGUAAGUCUGGGAACUGUAAUCUCGUCUCAUCCGGUUGAAAAUAAUGGAUUUAAAAAUGUGAUACAAUAGGAAUACAUUGUUAAAAUUACCCGAAUAAGCCGGGAGGUUAAUAUUUUAACGGAAUUAGAAAUC